AUUUCCGUCAAUGUGACAGUUGUCAGUUAUUGAAAUAAUAUAACCUAUGAGUUUUAUGUAUUAUAUAGGACUAAAUUUUUUAAGAAAACCCGUCUAGUUAUACACUUACUAAUACGUAAUUUUUAAAAUGAUACCAAGUACAAUGAAAUUGUUCGUAGGUUUUCUACGACCCGAAAAAUUACAGUUAACAUUAUCAUCAGGCAUUAAAUACUUUGCGCCCCCAAAAAAUUACGAUGAUAUUGUAAUACCGGAACGACAGAGGCUGAGAAUAUAUGAUAAAGUUCCACUUUAUCCAUCAAAUUUAAAACCACCCAAAAUGCAAAAACGCCUGCGUUAUAUGAGAGGACCUGAACUUUUGCACAACACAUUGCAACUGAAGCAAUAUGGUGUUAUGGCCACAGGUGGUGGUAGAUUGCGUCACGAACACUUUGAAAUGGUACGUCUACAAGUGGCUAGAAGAUUGGAUAUGAAGAGGAUGUUUGCUAUUUGGAGGGUAGACCCACCGUGGCAGCCUGUUACGAAAAAGGGUCAAGGGCAACGUAUGGGUGGAGGAAAAGGCGCCAUUGAUCAUUAUGUUACUCCUGUCAAAGCUGGAAGAAUAAUUUUCGAAGUCAGUGGUAAAUGUGAAUAUGCCGAGGUGUAUGACAUGCUAAGAAUUAUAGCAGAGAGAUUACCAUUUAAAGCAAUACCUGUUUCUCAAACUAUUAUGGAAAAAAUGGCAGCCGAUGAAAAAUGGAAGGAGGAAAACAACCAAAACAAAUACACUUUAAAAUAUCUUAUACAAAACAAUAUGGGAGGAUGUCACAGGCAUAUCUCGAAGUAUGACCAUAAAUGGUACGGUAAAUAUGUGUAAUUUGUGAUGCUGUCACUUGUUUGCGUUAAAUAAAUGAGUAGUUGUUAUAUAA